AUGAAGAAUACAGGCUUAAGUUCUUAUCUAAACAAAAUUUUUAGUCAUAUUGGAAAUGAAAAUGGGAAAAAGUUGGCCUGUUUAUAUUCUAUUAAUGAUAGUCAUGUUAACAUGAUAAUUCAUCAAAACUUGGAGAUUGAUCAGUUAGGCAUAAAUAUGCGACCUAAACUAGAAUCGCCUUGGAAUGAAGUUACUAUUAAUCAUUUGAAAACUGUAAUCUAUUAUGAUCAAGGCGAAUACGAAGCAGCUUUUGAAUCGCAGAAGGAGCUUGUUCAAGCCUUUCAAAGAGGUAUGCCAAAUAUGACGCGAUGGUGUUUACCUAUUCUUUAUGUUAUCAACAAUGACUUGCGAAUAAUUGCAACACAAGCAGAUAUGUCAUUAGAUACAGCUGUUGAAGGACAGCGUAAAAAAUUAGAAGAGGCAGCCAAUGUAAUUAAUAGAGGCAUGUUGGCAACUUCAAAGAAAUAUGGAACUUAUUCAAUUAUUGGUAUUUUAUUUCGUAUUUAUUUCAAGUUGAAGCAACAAAAUCUUUGUAAAAAUAUUUUGCGUGCUGUGAAAGCAGCAGAUAUGCCACCUCUUGAGGAAUUUCCAAAGAGUGACCGAGUAACAUUCAGAUAUUAUUUAGGUCGACUUUAUUUUUUGGAAGAAGAUUAUGCUAAAGCAGAACAUGAAUUGAAUUUAGCAUUUAGAGAAUGUACAAAUAAAAGCAUUAAAAACAAAGAGCUGAUUUUACAGACAUUAUUACCCAUCAAAUUAAUGAGAGGUAUUUUACCAACCACCGUAUUAUUUAAAAAGUUUCCAAAAGCAAAACAAUUGUAUGAGAAUUUGGCUAUUUCGAUAAAGAGGGGUAAUGUUAAAUCAUUCAAUGUUGCAUUGGCUCAAUCGGAAUCAAUGUUAAUUCGACAAGGAACUUACUUUGCAAUUGAAAAAUCCGAAAGCAUUGCCAUAAGACAAUUAUUUAGAAAAGUAUACCUUAUUUUGAAUAAUAAUACAAGAAUUCCUAUUGGUACAUUUAAACAAGCAUUAGAUUUUGAAGGGUUACAGGUAGAAAUUGAAGAAGCUGAAUGGAUGUUAGCCAAUAUGAUAUAUAAAGGAUAUAUGAAAGGCUAUUUAUCACACGAAAAAAUGUUUCUCGUACUCAGUAAAGAUAAUCCAUUCCCUCCUGUUGCUCAGGUAGCUCAGUCUUAA